AUGAAGCAAUUCGUACAGAAUCGUGAAGGUGCAAGCAGUCAAAUGCACCUCGCAAAACGCUCCUUGACACCACAACCCAAAACCCACCGUGAUCGGACAGUGCAACCUCAGGAGGAUGCGGGACCAAGACCCAGAGCAGGAAGCCAGGAUGGCAGAGACCGCAACAAUACCAAUCGUCAAGAGGCUGCGAAGUUGAAGCUGCCAGUACCAAACACCAUUGGCAAACUUCCCUCGAACAAUCUACAUAUCGCCGAGCACGAUGUAGCUGAAGUCGAAGCCGCUAUCGCACAUCACAAAUCCUCUCGUACGGUGCCUCACAUGCAAGCACCGCACCAGCCCAUUGUAUCUGCUUUCGACGAUACACAAAGCAUCCACUUCGACGACUCAACCAGCAUAGCAGACGAUCUAGACAGCCAGAUGGACAUGGACUUCGAUCCCCGACAGAGACGCAACUCAUCGCAUCCUCCAAGAACAUCUUCCGUUCAGCAGUAUAACAACUUGUACGAAGAACAGCCGGCUGUGUCGCUUCAGAGAGCGGGACGUCCUGCUGUGGGCUGGCAGGUCAUGGUAGAUGCUGAACGACACCGGCAUGGUCGACCUUCGAAAUAUGGAACUCAAUUGGAUGAUGGUAGUCUUGACUAUACGUCCACAGACCAGAGGUACGACGAGGGGUAUGAUCCGGAAGGGGAAUACGCCGAAGGCCCAGGGCCAUUGGAAAACACUCCGUCACGGACGCGAGGUCCUCUUAACCCGACUCCUGUCCGAGAUCUGAAGAAAAGCAUCGCAAAGACUGGUCCCCGUCAACCAGUUCCCGAGGAACCCCCCAGUCCUCCUUUACCCACGAAGAGGAAGCCUUUGAGCGAAGUUGGCCUCAACGAGGUUGCCGAACUUCCACUGCAUCCGCACGUGAACCGUUUCAAGACUUUCAAAGCAUCCGAUGACAAUACCUUCGCCGAACCAUCCAAGGAGACCCAUUCGACUCUCCAAGCACCUCAACAAGGACAUCCAUCCAAUAUCCAACAACCGGCCUUUUCUUCCAAAGAAUCCUCCUACCAUGAGUCAUCCUCGGAGGAAGACCAGCCACUUAGUACGGAUUCAUCGAACACCACUCCAUCCCUCAAACGAUCCCAUCACAGUCGCGAUCUAGACUUCGACCCAGAAACUCUUCCGACCAAAACCUUGGCAGACCUAGAUGCCAUUCCUUUCACAGUCGACCCAUCGGCGCCCCCGCCACAGCCUGCCCUCGACGCGAACGGCAACCCAAUGACGUUAUCGGCAAAACUCACGAACCUCACCAAAAUGCGGCCCGAGGACCAGCGCCAACUCUUCAAGUCCCAAACAGAUGAAGAGCGUGAGCAGACCGCCACCUGGUUCCUGGAGAAAUUCCAGUCCGAUAUGCAGAAACUGAUGGCUGUGAGACUGGAGCGCAGGAAAAUCGCCCUCAAGUUCGAGCUGGAGGUCAAGAAGCGCGAGAGAAGAGUCCAGGUCAAGCGAGCUGAUGUGGAUCGCGAGCUGGAGGGCCUGAGGAGGGGCGGGGUGGAAUUGAUCGGAGGGAAAGCACCAGCCAAGUGA